AUGGCUCUUGUUCGUUCCAAUACACUCUUUGUCUCUCUUUCGCUUUUCUUCUUACCCGUCAUGGUGUUAUGUGCCGUGCUAUGUUUACCACUUAUCAUAGUUUCUAUAGUUGGAUUAUACCUGAGUGCGUGGAUAGCUUACUAUGUCUAUGCACGAACAGAUUCAGAUUUCUAUAUACCCUAUCAUCCAGUCAGGGUGAUCAAGAUUAAUAUUGCUUUAUUUCAACUCUUGUGGGGCACGAUUCGAUAUAUACCAAUGUAUUUCUCUUAUAUUCAUUGGAGAUAUUGGAAGAUUGGAACAGAAAAGUUUAAGGAGAUUGUGAGUCAAGAUAUUUCCUAUACAUCCACAUGUUCUCUAGAUGUAUAUCACCCCAAUAGAACAUCCCAGGCACCUAUCAUCUUGUUUCUUUAUGGUGGUGGAUGGUCAACUGGAUCCAAAGUUUAUUAUACAACAUUUGCAAACACGUUACGAGAAUUAGGAUACGUCGUGGUCGUACCUGACUAUCGCAAGUACCCUGAAGUGAAGAUCGACGGUAUCUAUGAGGAUGUUCGUGAGGCUAUCAAAUGGGUCUAUGCACAUGCAGAACAGAUCAAUGGUGAUCCUGAUAUGAUCUACAUGAUGGGACACAGCGCUGGUGCACACCUUGUCGCUCAGGUCGUCUUAUCUGACGUGAUAGAAAAAGUCAAAUAUUAUCAAGCAAUAGCACCAGGUGCUCAACAAACAUCUCAUGUGAGCGAAAAGCAUGAUCCGACAAAACAUGACAGAGGCACUGAGCUGCCUCAUGACUUUUUACCUCCUAUUGAAGGACUGCUACUGCAAGUAUAUCUAGAAAGAGAUAAGAAAAUAGAGUUUGCAGGUGUUUACGAUAUUCAAGCACAUUUAUUAUUUGAAACAGCACGAGGCGUUGAAAAAUUAUCGGUGAUGACACGAGUGAUGGGUUCAACACCUGAGGGAUACAUUGCGAAUUCACCCAUGCAUUUGAUAGAAAAGCACGCUGAUCUAUUUGCCACAUCCGGGGACACGCUUGACCUUUGGCCAAGGAUACUCUUCUUGCAUGGUCAAAAGGACGCGACGGUUAGUAUGGAUCAGUCUGCGCAUAUGUUUAAUGCGAUUGGUAAAGUGUUGCCUAUGGAAUGCAGAGACGAAGUCGAUGUUCGAAUGAGGUUCUAUAAACGUAUGAAUCAUGGAGAACCUGUGACAGGUAAGGAACUUGUGUGA